AUGGCUACAGUGUUGCACUCUGAGUCCAGGCGCUUAUACUCCUGGUGGUGGGAUAGUCACAUUCCCAAAAACUCUAAAUGGAUCCAGCAGAAUCUUGCAGAUAUGGAUUCCAAAGUGAAGUCUAUGAUCAAACUCAUCGAAGAAGAUGCAGAUUCUUUUGCAAGAAGAGCAGAGAUGUACUACAAGAAACGUCCUGAGCUGAUGAAACUGGUGGAAGAGUUCUACAGAGCUUACCGUGCCUUAGCAGAGAGGUACGAUCACGCGACUGUGGAGCUUCGCCACGCGCAUAAAACAAUGGCUGAGGCGUUCCCUAGCCAAGUGCCUUUCGACAUGAUUGAGGAUUCUGCUUCUUCCUCAUCUUGCUCUGAGCCACGUACGCCUGAGAAAAUGCCACCUCGGAACCAGACGUUUUAUGACUCUGAAGACACGAGUAUUAAAAGAGGGUUGAGUCAGCUGAGUGAGUACUUUGGGAACUCUGAGACAGAAGUUGAGAGCUUGAAGAGAUUAUUGGUUGAGCUUGGUGCUGAGAAGGAAGCCUUGAAUCUCCAGUAUCAGCUGAGCUUGAACAAGUUAUCUAGACUAGAGAAAGACCUUAAGGAUGCUCAAAAGGAUGUUAGUGGGCUUGAUGAACGUGCUAGCAAAGCUGAGAUUGAAAGUAAGAUACUUGCAGAAGCUCUAGCAAAGCUUGAAUCCGAGAGAGAUGCUGCGCUUCUUCGGUAUAAUCAGACGGUAGAGAAGAUAGCGGAUCUUGAGGAAUCAUUUGCUCAUGCACAAGAAGAUAUAAAGGGGCUCACCAACCAAGCAACUAAAGCCGAAACAGAAGCGGAGAGUCUUAAGCAAGAGCGUAGUAGAUUGCAUUCUGAGCAAGAAGCUGGCUUAGCGCGAUACAAUCAAUGCCUUGAGAUGAUAUCUUCUCUAGAGAAGAAGGUUAGAGAGGCGGAGGAGAGUGCUCAAAUGUUUAGUAAUAAGUCUGCAAAAGCUGAGGAUGAAGUUAGAGCUUUGAGACAUGAGCUUCUCAAGGUGAACGAAGCGAAGGAAGGUUUGAGUCUUCGGUAUCAGCAGUGUUUGGAAACUAUAUCUAAGCUAGAGAUAGAAGUUUCUCAUGCUCAAGACAAUGCCAAAAGACUCAGUAGUGAAGUCUUAGCUGGAGCUGCAAAGUUGAAGACUGUAGAGGACCAGUGUACUGUUUUGGAGAGCUCAAAUGAAACUUUGAAGGAAGAAGCAGAUGGUCUAACGCACAAAUUAGCAGCUAAGGAUCAAGAUCUCUUCCAGAAGCAAUACGAGCUUGAAAAGUUUCAAGAUUUGAUACAAGAUGAGCACUCUCGGUUUCUAGAAAUCGAAGCCAGCCUUAGAAGUUUGCAAAGUUUGCAUUCUCAGUCCCAAGAGGAACAAAAGGUUCUCACUUCAGAGCUUCAGAGCAGGAUUGACAUGUUGAAGGACUUAGAGACUCGUAAUCAUGACUUGGAAAGUGUCAUCAGCUCGGUUAAAGAAGAAAACCGAAACUUAAGCGAGCUAAGUGACUCUUCUAAGAUCUCUCUAGAGACUCAGAGAUGCGAGAUUUCUAGCUUGAAGGAGGUGAAAGAAAAGCUCGAGGAAGAAGUUGCUAGACAGAUUAACCAAAGCAGUGCUCUUCAAGAAGAGAUCCGUCGUCUGAAGGAUGAAAUCAACAGCUUGAAUAGAAGGUAUCAGUUGAUAAUGGAGCAAGUGAAACUCGCGGGCUUGGACCCCGAAUCACUUGCCUGCUCUGUGAGGAAGCUACAAGACGAGAACUCAAAGCUGACUGAGUUGUGCAACCACCAGAGGGAUGAUAAAGAUGCUCUUACUGAGAAGCUGCGUGAAAUGGAUGACAUUCUAAGGAAGAAUGUUGGUCUAGAGAAAUUGCUUCUUGAAUCAAACACUAAACUAGAUGGUUCUAGGGAGAAGACAAAAGAUCUGCAAGAAAGAUGCAAGUCUUUACGAGGCGAGAAAGCUGAGUUUAUUGCUGAGAGAGCUAACCUGCUUUCUCAAUUGCAAACCAUGACUGAGAACAUGCAGAAGCUCUUGGAGAAGAACUCGUUUUUGGAGACGGCUCUUUCUGGUGCAAGCAUUGAGCUUCAAGGUGUAAAGGAGAAAUCAAAAUGCUUUGAAGAGUUCUUCCAGCUGCUCAAAGACGAUAAGGCUGAGCUUAUAAAGGAAAGAGAAUCUCUUAUCUCUCAGUUAAACAGUGUUAAGGAGAAGCUAGGAGUUUUGGAGAAGAGCUUCACUGAAUUGCAAGGAAAAUAUGCUGAUCUACAGAGGGAGAAACAGUUCAAGAAUGUUCAAGUGGAAGAGUUAAGAGUUUCACUCGCCACUGAGAAGCAAGAGCGUGCUAGUUACGAAAGAUCAACUGACACCAGAUUGGCUGAUCUUCAGAGUAACGUGAGCUUUCUUCGAGAAGAGUGUCGCUCCAGGAAGAAGGAGUUUGAGGAAGAGCUUGACAAAGCUGUUAAUGCUCAAGUGGAGAUCUUUAUCUUGAAGAAGUUUAUAGAAGACUUGGAGCAGAAGAACUAUUCUCUACUGGUUGAGUGCCAGAAAUAUGUUGAGGCAUCAACAUUCUCAGAGAAACUCAUUUCCGAGCUGGAAAGCGAGAAUCUUGAGCAGCAGAUGGAAACAGAGUUCUUGCUGCAUGAGAUUGAUAGCUGCAGAGGUGCAAUCUAUCAAGUGUUCAAGGCACUUCAACUUGAAGCAGAUUGUAAGACAUCUGACCAGAAGACUGCCAAAGAGCGGAUUCAAGUUUCACGCAUUUUGGGUGAGAUUAAUGAUCUGAAACGUUCAGUUUCCAGCGCUGAAUAUGAGAAGCAGCGACUUGUGAUUGAGAACUCUGUGCUCUUAUCUCUUCUUGGACAGUUCCAAUCAGAUGGCAAGAAGGUGGAAUCAGAAAAAAGAAAUGCAGAGAAAGAUCUGGAGACAAUAGUACAUAGCUAUGGAAUGAUGCAAAAGGACAGGCUCGAGCUAUUGGAAAUGAACCGUCAGUUGAAAUCAGAACUGAUCGACAGAGAGCAGCGGGAGAUAGAGCUAAGAGCUGAAAUACAGAGUGAGCAUUUGAAGUUCGAGAGUUUGAAUGAGUCGUACAUGGCUUUGCAUCAAGAUUACUCUAACGCUCUCGACAAGAACAAAACUCUGCAUCUGCAAUUCUCAGAGCUUAAAGGUGAAAUGUGUCUACUUGAGGAAGAGAACGGUGCGAUUCUUCAGGAAGCUAUUGUCUUGAGCAACAUGUCUGUGGUUUAUCAGUCCUUUGCUUCUGAAAAGGCUGAGCAUGUGGAAGCUUUUACUGAAAACCUGACUAGUUUGCAAGAUAUUAAUAGAGGGCUUAAGCAGAAGGUUGAGACAUUAGAGGAGAAGUUAAAAGCGAAAGAUGUGGACAGUCAGGAGCUUAGCAGUAAGCUGGAGAAGUUACAGGAAAGCCUCGAAGAAGCCAAUGAGCUAAAUGAUCUCUUAGAGCAUCAAGUUUCAGAUAAAGAGGAGAUCUUGAGACAGAAGACGAUGGAGCUACUAGAAGCCGAAGAGAUGCUCAAGGCUACACACAGUGCAAAUGCGGAACUGUGUGAAGCAGUUGAAGAGCUGAGGAAAGACUGUAAAGAAUCAAGACAACUGAGGGGAAAUCUAGAGAAGCAGAUUUCUGAACUGUUUGACCUUAGUGGGAGACAAGAUGAAGAGAUUAAAAAGCUUAGCAAUUUGAAGGAGAGUUUGGAGUCAGAGGUAGAGCUGUUACACAAAGAAAUCCAAGAACACCGGGUUCGAGAGGAGUUCUUGAGCUCGGAGCUUCAGGAGAAGAGCAAUGAGUUUGGACUUUGGGAUGCGGAAGCAACAUCUUUCUACUUUGAUCUACAGAUCUCAGCUGUCCGUGAAGUCUUGCUCGAGAACAAAGUUAAGGAACUCACCGGAGUCUGUGAGAGUCUCAAAGAUGAAGCUGUUACAAAGACCACAGAGAUAAAACGGAUGAAAGAAACAGUUGGAUUCUUGGAAUAUGAAGUGACUGAGCUGAAGAGCCAGUUAUCUGCCUAUGAUCCUGUGGUAGCAUCUCUAGCAGAAGAUGUAAAAUCCCUUGAGGAAAAUGCAAUGUUGUUGAUGAAACUCCCUGCGCCAGCUGAUCUUCUUAGAGAGGGUGUCCAGAGCGAUGAGAAUCCAGAAGCAGAAGACUCUCAAGAACAUAGCAGUACCAACCAAGAAAAUGGAAUUGUGCUUUUGCAGGACAUGAAAGAAAGAAUUAAAACCAUCGAGCAAGUUGUUGUUGAGGAAAAAAAGAGGCUUGGGAAGCAGCAGAGAAGACGAAGCUCUUCACACAGAAGCUCACGCAGAGAAGACCGCAGGCUGUUUGAGGAGAUUGAACUUGAGGACAAAUUCUCUGGCGAAAUCAGACAGCCUAGAUCACCACCUGCGAUGACUGAGGUGAGACAUAGUUCAUUGAUGAAAGACAUUCCCCUUGAUCAUGUUGCAGACUCUCCCUUCUACGGAAGAAGCCGGAGAACUAGCCGUGGCUCCAAUGACCAGAUGCUUGAGUUGUGGGAAGAAUCUGCUGAACCAGAAACAAGCAUCAAGUCUCUGAUGAACAGUAAAGUCUCAAAGAAGCCUCUCAUUCCCCGUCUACAUCGCAGAAGCAGGAAUCCAUCUAUUGAAUCACAGUCUGAGAAAGUGGUUGGAGUUGUUGACAAGGUAGAGCUAUCAAGAAGCAUCGAGGACAAUGCAAAGAUCAUGGAGAGACUUCUGUCCGACUCUCGGAGAUUGGCAAGCCUUAGAAUCAGCCUAAGAGAUCUCAAAAGCAAGCUGGAGAUGAUGAACGAGAAGCAAGUAGGCAAGUUCACUAGCCCGGAUUUCGCCAGAGUGAGGAAACAGCUGAAAGAAAUGGAAGAAUCUAUCUUUCAACUUGCAAACACAAACGAGAUUCUCUCAAACGAAAUUGAAGAGACCGGAGACGCCAGAGAUAUCUAUAGAAAAGUGGUUAUGGAGAAGUCAAGAAACGGAUCAGAGAAGAUAGAGCAGAUGCAGCAAGAAAUGCAGAGCAUUGAGCGAACAGUGCUAAAGCUUGAAGCAUCCAAAGGCAAAGGAAAGAAGAAGUUCUCUGAGAGUAGAACAGUGAUACUCUUGAGAGAAAUUAUCCACAAGGGUGGUACUAAAAGGACAGCGAGGAAGAAGAAGAACCGUUUCUGCGGAUGCAUGAGAUCUUCGGCUAAUGAAGAGUAG